GAAACUAAAAAUAUAUUGGCCUCUCUGUUGUUAUACUAUAUGAGCCACACACUCACCAGUGAUUUGCACGCGCGCUUAUUACUGACUGAGACUAUGCGCGUACCGUGAUAUCUGUGUUCCGCGAAGCAGUGUAUUAUUUUCACCAUCUUCUUCGUUUUCCUUUUUCCUCAAUCGACGACGAUCAAUCUCCAACCUCCACCGCAUUGAUUCCUCUGCUUCCGGUUCAAUGUCGCUGCUAAACCAACUCUUCAACCGUGGGAUCUUUGGCGCCAAAUGGUUUCUUCGUCUUCUUCUUUUCUCUUAUACGUUGAUUUGGGUUUUGAUUGAAGCUAGGGUUUCUUCAAUAAUUUGAUGCCAUCGAUUACUCUUUUGCUUCAAUUUGAAAUUAGAGUUUGUUAUGCUCUUAAUUGUCCAUAAAACUGAGAAAUUGAAGUAAAUGUUGGCAGCAAGACAAGCUUGAACUUGGCGAUAGCUCGAAUGAAAUUGCUGCAAAACAAGAGAGAUAUGCAGCUUAAACAUAUGAAGAAGGAGAUAGCUCACUUCUUGCAAGCUGGACAAGAACCCAUUGCUCGAAUUCGGGUGGAGCAUGUGAUCAGAGAAAUGAAUUUAUGGGCAGCUUAUGAGAUAUUGGAGCUAUUCUGCGAGUUUAUACUUGCUCGUGUUCCAAUUCUUGAAAGUGAAAAGGAAUGCCCGAGAGAGUUGAGAGAGGCUAUUGCUAGCAUUAUCUUUGCUGCUCCAAGGUGCUCUGAAGUACCUGAUCUUCUUCAAAUAAAGAAUCUGUUUGGUACAAAAUAUGGAAAAGAAUUUAUCAUGGUUGCUUCUGAGCUUCGUCCGGAUUCUGGUGUCAAUCGUACUAUCAUUGAGAAGCUUUCUCCUACCAGUCCAUCUGGAGCGGCAAGGCUCAAGAUGUUAAAGGAAAUUGCGCAGGAGUACAGUUUGAAUUGGGAUUCUUCUGCCACGGAAGCAGAGUUCAUGAAGAGCCAUGAAGACCUACUGGGUGGAGCUAAGCAAAUACAUCGUCAAGAUGGUAUCUCUGAAUCUCGACCGUCCCAACAAGGCUACGGUCAGUCUUCGGUUUCUAGGGAAGUUGAAAGUCUGCCUGCAGAGGCCACACAGAGAUUCCAAAAGCUUCAAGCUCAAAACCCAGUGAGCAAAAGCAUGCCAUCAUCUAAGCUGACUUCAGCCUUUCAAGCUCCUCCUGAUACUAGACGGAAUCAGACUGAUGUAAUGGAGAUAGCUCGAGCUGCCCUAGCUAGCGCUGAUCGUGCAACAGCAGCUGCUCGUGCUGCUGCGCAACUAGUGAAUGUCUCUUAUGGGGCUACUACACCCACAGUAGCAGCAGAAGGGAAGCCCUUAAACUUAAUGUAGUUGCCACGUCGUCAUUUGUGAAUAAAAGCAACUGUAUUUGCUUCAUACACAGAAAGAAGGAUAACGAUGUUUUCUUUGGUACUUCAUAGGUUUGGAAAAAUGAGUAUGCUAAAGAGUAUUGGUAGAUUAUGCUCGAGUGUUGUGACCUUAGGUUGAUUCAAAAGACAGUGAUGUUUAAAUGUGACAUACAGAUAUAACUCUGAAGUUUGUUGGUUUUACAAAAUCUAUGCAGAAAAAACAACAUUAUCAUGUAAAACUCAUUGAUUAUCUUUAGCCUCCCAGAAGCA